AUGCCCUUGGAGACUGAGCACCGCAGACCUCGCAGAAGAGCGCGUCAUGAGAAGUCCAAUAACGGAUGCUCAACUUGCAAGAUCCGCAGAAUAAAAUGUGACGAAACAACACCACAAUGUCGGCGGUGCACGGCAUCCGGCCGCGAAUGCUCAGGGCCACUUACACGCCAGUUUCGCUUCGUCGAGGACCCGGUCAUGGACCGGACGCCCUCGCCAGUUUUCCAACUCGAGGUGUCUCUGCUUUCACCACGACGCAGUGAGCCUGAACGGCGUGCAUUUCAGUUCUUCGAGCAGGACACCGUCCUGCACAUGCCUGGAACCAUCGACGAGAAUUUCGUGGGCUCGCUGCUCCCGUGUCUUGCUCACACAUACGACUUCAUAUGGGACACGAUUGUGUCCGUGAGUUACCUCAUAAAGUACGUCCCGUACUUGGCGCUCACAACCGUUGAUUCGGCGGGUCUCACGAAAGUCAUCAACAAGGAGCAUCGGCAAGCCCUGAGCUACUAUCACAGAGCCAUCUUGAGUGUUCGACAAAUGGCCGAAAUAGGUCCCAUAGACGAAUGUAUUGUCGUCUUGAGCUACAUACAAUUCGCAGGGGUGGAGUUCCGGCAGCGUAACGUCAAGGUUGGCCACUACCUGUUUAAAAAGGCGUGCAGCAUCUUGAGCCGGAGCCUCGCGUCACGGACUCUGCGCCAUGACUCACCCGCACACAGAGCGAUCCACCAAGUGGUCACUCCAUUCAUCUUCAGAAAGGCCGUCGUUAUCGCCACUCUAGGGGACGUUCCGACGCCCGAGUCGGCCGCCGAAGACGAAAUAAGCAGAAUCCUGUUAGCCAAAAGUCCAGAGCUCCAACAAGCCAGAGUCGAGCUCUAUAGCCUGGUGUCCGACUGCUACGAACUCGUCAGGAUAGCAGAUUUCAUACCGAACAUUGAAGAUGGCAACUCAGACAAGGCAUACUACAUGUCACAUUGGCAGUCGUCCUUGGACGGUCUACGGGCAUGGAAAGCGAAAAUGAUCGCCUCCGGUAGUCCCAAGCCCUGCACAGACACGGAAUGUAUAUACUCGUACCUCAUGAUCUAUUGCAACAUAUGCUACAUAUCGGUCGCAACCUGUCUAAGCAUCAGUCAAAUGAUCUUCGACAAGUACACGGACGGCUUUGCGGAAAUCAUCCACCACGCCAAGGUUUUCCUCGGAUACUGCGUCGAGUCGCCAAACGUCCAACUCCUGUUGCAGUUCGACCCUGGAAUCGUCCCGUUGCUGUACUUUUGCGCGACCAAAUGUCGAGACCCGAUGUUACGACGAGAGGCGCUCUGUUUAAUGAGCCAGGCUCUGCGACAGGAGCGAGAGAACCAUUGGGCCUUGAUCGAGCCUGAGCGCGUGGUCGAGACACUGAUCGCGGUCGAAGAGGACGAAAAGCGACCCCUCGAUUCUGUGGCUCCUUCUUCUUCUUCUUUGCAGACCUUCAGUUCUCAGACACCCCUGAAACGAGCCCUACCACCAGAUGGGCGGCGGUAUACACAUGCUAGCGCGGUGCUGCGUCAGGCCCCAGGCGGACGACUCCGGCUUGCCGUCGAGCUGGUCAGGUUUGAAACUGGAAUCCGUGGUCAGAGGAAAUCAAUCACCGAUUAUGCCUGGCUGGAUGACCCUUAUGAUAAAAUCAUGUUAUAA